GAAACUUGAUAUGGGGUAGCUACCACGAAGAAGGGAGGGCGAGCGCUCUGGACACGAGCAAUACCAGUAUUUGGAGAUCGUAUCGAAAUCCUACGAGAACACUCAAAGCUUCACAAAGUCAAUUGCAUCAUCGCCAUGGUCGCCCAACCCAUCGGUACCAAAAAGGCCAUCGCCGGCCCCAAACCCACGGGGCCCAGAGCCGUUGGACCAACAAAGAAGCCCGCUGUCGGCGCCGCCCAGACCAAAACCGUUCCGUACAAGAAGCCCACCCCCGUCGGCGCAAAGAAGGCCGUCUCGCCCGCGACCGCAGCAAAGAAGCCUGUUGGUGCUUCGGCGGUCAAGGGUCCCACAGUCAAGAAGCCAGUGGGCUCGCAGCCCGUCGGCGCAAAGAAGGCUGUCCCGCCAACACCCAAGAACCUCCAGGCGCCGCAGAACAAGAGCUGGCUCACAAAGACCAUUGGCGCUGCGACCUCGGGCAUCAGCAGUGCAACCGGUGCUGCGGCCUCGGGCAUAGGAAAUGCAGCCGGUGCCGUGGUGACGGCAGCGGGGAAUGGUGUUGCGGGUGCUGGAAAGGGUGCUGGCGCGAGCAUAGCGAACACGUCAAGAGGCUGGGGCGACAUGGUGAGGGAGUAUGGUAACUCGAUCAAAGACAUGACGGGCGCUGCUGGCUCCCGCGCGACUACAAAGGGAAACCCUCUGGGUCUGUCGACGGGUGCUGCUGGCGGUGCUGCUAGCAUGGCGUCCAGGCCGGGUUUCACAGGCGGCGCCGUCAACAAGGCAAGUGCAAGCAACCCUCUGGGGUUGUAGAACCUGUGGAAGAGGACAGAAAGGUGUAAGAUACGACUUGAUAUGAUAUGAUACAUGGGAAUCUAGGUCUAUGGAGUUGGUGGGGUAUCACAAAAUACAUGGUACAAUGCAACAACUACAGUGCAACAACUACAGUGCAACAACUACAAUGCAACAACUACAAUGCAACAACUAC